AUCGACCCACCGCCACAACCUAUCGUCCGAGUAAAUGUUGUGAGAAGUGCUUGAAGACAGUUAAAUWUUGUUUAAGUAGUUACAAUUUUCCAAAGAAACGGCAUCAAAUUGACGCACCGAAAUGGCAACUCGCGGCGGUCCAAUGGUCGCGGGCACCGACGGCAAYGACUUCGAGUUUAGGCARAAAGUGGCCAACACAUAUCAAAUUAGCUUGUUGAACAAAUCGCGCCUAAAGUACUGCAUUUUCUUUCAUGCCCUGCUAUUCUUUGUCAUGCUGGCCAAGCUGACGUCGGAUAUAUUGGAUCGCUUGGACAUAUUUGUGCUAGAAAUCGAAGAGUUGGAGGUGCCCCCGCCGCUAUGGUGGGAGUACGUUUGGGCUGCCUCGCUGCUCACCUCAUUUCUCGGCCUCUCAGCGUCCCGCGGCAACAAGGUGCGCGAUAUGCAAAAGUAUAUUAUUGCAAUUUUCGUAAUGGCUGUGCUGCCGCUUUUAUAUUGUUUCGUCUAUUACUCGAGUGACGUAUGGGAGUUUUUGACCAUGGACAAGUCCGUGGAACUCGAUGAGACAGACAUUUUUCUAUGGCGCGGUUUUCCGUAUGGAGUGUUCUGGUAUGGUUUUUGUUUUGUAGGCUUUCAGAUACACGGAUUCACACUGUACUUCGCGUACAAUCUAGUCAAGGCCUGGAAGGCACGCACAGCCACACGUAAAUUUCAGUAAAUCACUUGGGUCAUGGAAAUAUUUAAACUAUAUACUCGCCAAAUUAGUAAAACGACAAAGCAAGAAGCUGUAGGGCUAGUUGUAAAUAAUUUGAAACAAAAGGAAUAAAAACUAUCUCUCUAGUGCACAAAAGCAAAACGUAAAUAAUAUUAAAGCAGCUGUUAGAUUAACGCACGUUUUUAGUACAGUCAAGACAUAAUAGUUUC